UGAGAUCCCAAUUAAGCGUAAUGCAUCCACGUGACGAGCGCGGAGGCUGCGUCUCAAGGCCAUUUUCAAAUUUCAUUGGCGAGGUCGUCAUGCGGUAGUAGAGAGGCAUCUGGAGUAACACGGGGAUUGUUAGAUAUGUCAGCCUACAAAGGACAUCUCUCUUCUCUUUAAAAUCUCUCCAAAAUGUCCUUUCCAAACAGCUCUCCCGCUGCUAAUACUUUUUUAGUAGACUCUCUGAUCAGUGCUUGCAGAACUGACAGUUUCUACUCCAACAGCAACAUGUAUAUGCAAUCCACAGCAGAAAUGGAAACUUAUGGAAUGCAAACCUGUGGACUUCUGCCGUCUCUCGGUAAAAGGGAAGUUAGCCACCAACAUAUGGGCAUGAACGUCCAUUCUUAUAUACCUCAAUUUGAUAACUGGGCAGAUCCGAACAGAACGUGCAGAACAGAACAACCGUCCACACAGAUACCCACCUGCACGUUCUCACAAAACAUAAAAGAAGAAAGUAAUUGCUGCAUGUAUUCCGAUAAGAGAGCAAAGGUCAGCUCGUCCGAAAUCCCCACGUACGCUAAUUUGAUUCCCGAAUCUUGUUCAGCUGAUGGUCCCGAAAUUCCCGUUCCGGGUUAUUUCAGACUGAGCCAAACUUAUGCGUCUGGAAAAAAUCAGGAGUACAGCAACGAUUCGAGUCCAAGCAGACUCUUGCAGCUGAACCGAGUCGCUCCUAAGUCGCCACUAUCCUCUCCUGCCGGGGUGGAAAAGAAAAUAAGCGAAAAUCAGAAAAAACAAGAGACAACUGAAACACCAACCCGCGUGGACAGCCCAGAUCCCAAGUCGAGUCCUCGAGAGGAGAAAACGUGUUCUACUGAAGCGUCUACCUCAAGCCCCGAAUCGCAACAAAAGGAAGCGAAAGACAGUAAAAGUGAUUCUCCCAAGACCAGCUGGUUAACGACAAAAAGUGGUAGAAAAAAGAGAUGUCCCUAUACAAAGCACCAGACACUGGAACUGGAAAAGGAGUUUUUAUUCAAUAUGUACCUGACUCGAGAGCGCCGCCUAGAGAUCAGUAAAAGUGUCAACCUCACCGACAGACAAGUGAAAAUUUGGUUUCAGAACCGCAGAAUGAAACUGAAGAAAAUGAGCAGAGAAAACCGAAUUAGAGAACUUACUGCCAACCUAACUUUCUCGUGAGCAAGUGCACGAAUGCAUAUUUUUUUCUCUACGCUUUCCAUCGCAACUCUCUCAACAUAACUCUCAAUGGGGAACACUGGAAAUCUGUUUUUCCCUCAAAUUUGGAGACUGUGGCCUGUAUGCUUCUUUAUAUUUCUUUAUAUUUAGUUUUGUAUUGUAUUGUAUUUACCUUCUGGUCUAUCUAAAGUGAUACAUUGUGUAAUUUAAAUAUUGUCGUCACAGGGUAAUGAAGGACUGGUUUACGUUGGGGUUAAAUUAUUAGAGUGUUCCAGAAGAUCAAUCUGCGAGGUUUUUGUUUUCCAAAGCCAAGCUUUUGUUGCGAUUUUAUAUUUCAAGAACAUUCGUUUGAACAUUAAAGCUUAUUUAGUGUUUAUAAUCGUGCGAAAGAAGAGAAGAUUCCAUAAAAGUACACUCUUUCCAUUUUGAAUCAUUUUAACGUUAUUUGUAGACUAUGUUAAAUGUGGUAAGUAUUGUUAACAAAUGGAACUAGUUUAAUGCAUGUUUUGUGGCACGUACACUGCAAUAAAUUGAAUAUUCACA